AUGGCCAUCGACAUGGCUCGGAUACCUCCUAUGACCGUCCAUGUUGAGGCAGAAACAAUGAUCAACAAGAUGAGGGCUGCCGUGGACCGCGUCCGGAGGGAGGCCGACCACUAUCACUAUUACAUGCUAACCAAUCGAGCUAUCGACAACGUCUUCCUCAGCUGGCGGGAGGCUCUUCGAGCGAGGGCAGGCUUGUUCAUGCUCAAAGAGGAUAUCCGAAGGGUGUUUUGGGAGCUGAUGUUAUCGAGACUGAAGCAAUACCAGUUCAUACCUUCUGGUCAAGAGCUGGAUCCCAUACUAAAUGAUGCUCUAUUGAAGGUCGUUAAUGCGACGUUGGCUUAG